AUGGCAACAGUACAUCAUAUUCAUGCUGCGACUCUAUUCAAUUCGUACAAAGCCACUGGUGGUCACAAACUAGCUAAUUUUAUAGCUAUUUCUGAAAUAUAUGAUCCAUCAUUGGAACUAUGGAACACUACUGCAAGCAUGGCAACACCACGUGAAUCUCAUACUGCAACUCUGCUAAAAUCGGGCAAAGUUCUUGUUGCUGGUGGCGUGGGAUAUACCGGUUAUAUGACUAGAUGUGAAAUAUAUGAUCCAUUAACCGGCCAAUGGCACACUGCAGGAAGCAUGGUAACACCACGUGUUGCACAUACUGCGAUUCUGCUCAAUUCGGGCCAAGUUCUUGUCACUGGUGGCACGAGCUAUGGUAUUGACGCUGGUAUCGCUAGUUGUGAAAUAUAUAAUCCAUUAACGGACAAGUGGAGCCCUACUGCAAACAUGACAACAGGACUUUCUGGUCAUACUGCAACUCUACUCAAUUCUGGCAAAGUACUUGUCACCAGUGGUGCGGCUAAUUCUGAAAUAUACGAUCCAUCAACAGGCCGGUGGAGCUCUCCUGUCAGCAUGGGACCAGAAGCACGUUAUGAUUCUGCUGCAACCCUGCUCAAGUCAGGAAAAGUUCUUGUCACUGGUGGUCUCCAAUUAGCUAUGUAUUCAGCUAGUUCUGAAAUAUAUGAUCCGUCAACAGAUCAGUGGGACACUAUUGCAAGUAUGACAACAGCACGUCGAUUUCAUACUUCAAUUCUGCUCAGUUCGGGCAAAGUUCUUGUCAGUGGUGGCGUAGGAGAUGCUGACUAUUUGGCUAGUUGUGAAAUAUAUGAUCCAUCAACGGGCAAAUGGAGUAAUACUAAUAGCAUGACAGCAUCACGUUCUUCUCAUACUACAACCCUAAUCAAUUCAAAUAAAAUUCUUGCCACUGCUGGCUACGGAGGUUUGGGUAAUCUUGAUAGUUCUGAAAUAUAUGAUCCAUCGUCAGGCACAUGGGUACGUACUGAAAAACUGGCAAUAAAACGUGCUUUUCAUACUGCAACUCUACUCAAUUCAGGCAAAGUUCUCAUCACCGGUGGCGAAAAUUUGGGUAGUUAA